AUGCGCAUGUUGAUGGCGCUGGCGGCGCUGGCGGCGCUGGCGGCGAUGCCAUGCGCGGCCUUUACCUUGAGCUCGUCUCCUCUCCUCCAGCACAGAGGCUACAGGGCUCCCUCCCUUGCAUGCAGCAUCGCUAGGAGGACAAACCGCGUUUGUCGGCUGGGAGUGAUGAAAGAGGACUCGGUGGUCGACAAAGUUUUUGAUACGCUCUUCGGAACGAAGAAGGAGGCUGCGGGGAAGAGAGCUCUCGAGGAAGAGCAUGAAGAGAUGUUCAUGGUGGUAGUCAACGACGAUAAGGAGCACUAUGUCGAUGAAGUCGUCAAGAUCAUACGAAAGACAGUGGGAAGGACAUGGAAGGAUUCUCUUGACCUCACCAUGCAAAUCGGAAGGAAAGGAUCGGCGAUCGUGUACAUGGGAUCCAAGGAAGACUGCGAGAGGAUGUCAGAGGCGCUCUUGCAGUCGACUCUCAAGGCUGUAGUGAUGCGAGACGACGAGGAGGGCAGGAAGUUGGUCGACGCCACGUCAUCAUCGACAGAGGCGAGGACGAGCGUGUACGUUCAUUGGGUCCGUCUUGCUGCCUACUCACGCCUUCUUGACAGGUGGGGAGAGAAGUCGUUUCGGAAUGGGGCACGGCCCAGAGUAACGUUGAUCGGGAGAAAUGAGAAAAUGGCAGACAAGUUGAAGAGGCAGCUUGAGGGAGAAUCGUUCGCGUUCGGGGGAAGGGAAUGGUCGACAAUGAGGACGAAGCUGAUGGGGAGCGCGCGCGCGAUGAAGGGUUCCGAUCUAGUGAUUCAUACUGCCGGUCCGUUUCAGAACGCUGAUACCAAAGUCUUGCAAGUUGCCAUUGAGCUUGGAAUCACAUACAUGGACGUCUGUGACGACCAAGACUUUGCGGCGAAAUGUCGGGAACUCUCUCAGCAGGCUGUGGAGAAGAAUGUAACAUGCAUGACAACUUGUGGGAUCUACCCUGGUUUGUCCAACGUCAUGGCGUCAUCUCUUGGCACUGGAGGCGUUGGAGGAACCAUCCUUGCGUCUACCUUCAUGCUCCUUGCCGAGCCAUGCCAAGUGUACCGGAUUUUGAACAUCCCCAACGUGGACGCAACUUUCGCAACAGCUCCUGAGUUCUGGAAUGUUCUCCUCCGAGGAAUCGUCAAGGUCAUCCCGAGGAAGCUUCUCUCGGAUCGUAGCUUUGCAUCCAAGUUUGCCGCAAUUUCGUUGCCAAUCAACAGACUCGUCGACGCUAUUGUGGGCAGCUCAGCAGCCAUCAGGAUCGACGUAGAGGACAAGAAUCAGCAGACGCUCUCUUCUAUUUGGUAUGGCAGGUAUCUCAACCAGGCCGUCGGUGUUGCCACCGCCGCCAUGGCCAUGGAGCUGCUGGAGCUUCAGGGCCUGCCGGCAGGAGUUUUCUACCCUGAGGAGCUCGAGAUGAUCGCGCCUGGUCGAGAAGAGCAAGCUGAGGGGUAUCAGGUGUUUCUUGCUCGGGCGAGUAAGGACGGCAAGACCAACAGGGAGAGGGCGGCGGACGCAGCAGCGGCGACGAUGGAAGGACGAUGA